AAACUCAACUCUAUAGCAACAAAUAUAUCAUCAAUCUUCUCUCUUACAGCAAAGAAAAAAUAUUCAAAUUCACCUCAGUUUGCAAAACUUGUCCCUUUCCAUGGCUCCCGAACUCGUCACGUCAGUUACAGCGACCGAGUUAGCCAAACCGACGUCGCUGCCGUCGAGAGCUUACGUCACUUUCUUGGCUGGCAAUGGAGACUACGUGAAGGGCGUGGUGGGGCUGGUCAAGGGCCUGCGGAAGGUCAAGACAGCAUAUCCUCUCGUGGUGGCGGUGCUGCCCGACGUGCCGGCGAAGCACCGCCGCAUACUGGAGGAGCAAGGCUGCAUAGUUCGGGAGAUCGAGCCCGUCUACCCGCCGGAAAACCAGACGCAGUUCGCCAUGGCGUAUUACGUCAUCAACUACUCCAAGCUCCGUAUCUGGGAGUUUGUGGAGUAUAGCAAGAUGAUAUACUUGGAUGGUGACAUUCAAGUGUUUGAGAACAUUGAUCAUCUGUUUGAUUUGGAGGAUGAUUAUUUUUAUGCGGUGAUGGAUUGUUUCUGCGAGAAAACAUGGAGCCACACGCCACAAUACAAGAUUGGCUACUGCCAGCAGUGCCCGGAGAAGGUGACGUGGCCGGCAGAGAUGGGCCCACCUCCAGCCCUCUACUUCAACGCCGGCAUGUUCGUCUUUGAGCCCUGUCUUGCCACCUAUGAGAGCCUCCUUGCUACCCUCAAGAUCACUCCUCCCACUUCUUUCGCUGAGCAGGAUUUUCUGAACAUGUUUUUUAGGGAUGUGUACAAGCCAAUACCAAACGUGUACAACCUUGUCCUAGCCAUGCUUUGGCGCCAUCCAGAAAACGUGGACCUCGACCGAGUCAAAGUGGUUCACUACUGCGCUGCAGGGUCGAAGCCAUGGCGGUACACAGGCGAGGAAGAGAACAUGCAGAGAGAAGACAUCAAAAUGCUGGUUAACAAAUGGUGGGACAUUUACAACGACCACUCUUUGGACUUGAAGAUAUCUCCCACCCAGACUACUGAAGGCAGCCGUUUGGAGCUGCAGCCGUUCGUUGCUGCGGUCAUGAAUGAGGCUACUGCGCCUGAAGUGAUGUACGUCGCGGCUCCUUCUGCUGCUUGAGGACAUGAGAGAGGGCUGUCUUUGCUUUCUUCUAUGGUCUGAACACGUGUGUAUGGUUGGGGAAGGCUGGUGAAUAUAAUGUUUGGUACUAUUACGCUUAGUAUGCCCUAGAGAUAUGUUCAAUAUAUUUCACUAAGAUUGGCGUCCAAAUUGGGCUAAUGAUAGUUAAUUCCAAAAGCUGUUUUGUUUCUACUGUGAAACUUUGCCAUGAUUAUUUUGAUAUACAAUAUUUAUUUAAAUGGUA